UCGGAGAAGCGCUCUCGCACCUCACGUAAAAGCUCUAUACAAAGGCGACGUCGAGACGAGACGUGAAAAUCUCGAUUUGUCGUCUGAUUUCCGGCUCCAAAUUCGGAUUCGGAAGCCUUUAGCGAGUGGUGAGUUUUUAGAGCUUCGACAACAGACGAACUCGUGGCUGCUGGCUGGCUAUGGAGCUCACCAUGGCAGUAGCCACCGGUCUUACGACGUCAGCCUCUUUGGUUCCAUCUUCGCGGUCGGCGAUUGUCUGCGCUCCUUCGACAUCUUUCUCAUCAGCUUCUGUCCAAAAUGAGCUUCGAACUUCGUUCCUUUCCGAGAGGCGUCGCCCAUUAUCUGCUGGACCACUUCGAAGCCAUAAAGUUUCGGAAAGGAUUGUCGUGCGUAGCUCUGGGGCACCUCUUGCGGAAGAUUCCACGGCAGUAGCGGAAGGGUCGAAUGGGCUCUCUGGAGAUUCUCAAGAGUCUUCUCCAUCCAUGGAUAGGAGGGAACUUAUGGGAAAGGCCGUCACCUUUUUGAUGUCGUCCAUAGCUCUGCCUGCUAUUGCCGCGUCAGAAAACAGUACCGAAGAUGGCUUCAUGCUAUAUCAGGAUGAAACGGACAAGUAUUCACUCCUUGUUCCGCAGGAGUGGGCGAAAGGAGAGGGCGAGACAGCCCAAAGAAAAGUUACUGCCUUCUACCCAGAAAGCGGCAGUGCUACUAAUGUCAACGUUGUCAUUACCGGGCUGGGAGCAGACUACACACAGUUGGGCUCUUUUGGAAACGCUGACAUGUUCGCUGAGAAUUUGGUUAACAGUCUUGACAGGGCGUGGCAGAGGCCUCCUGGUCAGAAAGCUACAUUGAUAGACGAUUCAUACAAGAAUGGAAUGUAUUAUGUGGAGUACACUGUACAAAAGCCUGGAGAGGCCAAACGUCAUCUUCUGUCGGUGGUUGGUAUAGCUAACAAUGGGUGGAUCAAUCGCUUGUACACCGUGACGGCCCAGUAUUGGGAAGACGAUGCCGACAAGUACAAAGCGAAUCUGAAGAAGGUCGUGUCAUCUUUCAAGCUCACCGGGUAAAUGCGGCUAUGUCCAUGGGUCGGUUUGUCGUGCCCAUGUGCAGAUCAGAAGGGAAUAGCAUGGGCCUUAUGUCUCUGUAUAGCUUGAAUUGUUCACAAUAAUUAGAUAGAUUCAAGAACUCCUUGUACGAUAGCUGGAACGAAUUGUGUGUCACGACGGGCAGGCCUUGUCCUUGCUAUACAUAUGUGCAGCAUUUUGCCACAUGGGUAAUUCACCGCUUUCUUGAAACAACAUUCUGGUGAUUGCCUCACUUAUGUCAUCAGUGGCUUUCUCACCAGAUCCUGAAUGAACCGAGAUAACAGCUGUGUAUGCAAAUUGAACAAUGCCGUAUAAUAAGGCAUGGCUUUAUGAAUUAUGGACACCUCGUGAUGGUCGGCUACAGUGCUUAUCAUUACGCCACCUAUCCGACAAGCUAGUCACUGCGUUCGAAGAUAUUUGCUCGCAUACCUGAUUGGCCAUCGAAUUGUAAAGCAUUAUACACUAAGAGAGCUGAGCAGUCGCCUCAGUCACAACGGUUCCAACGAUGUGAUAAUCACAGCACCUUGGAAUGGUCCUCGUGCGUACGUUGAUGGACG